UAUGGACUUGCAGCGAUGGCUUUCUACAAAGUGAUCUGUGUGGCAACUCUGCUGACUCUCCUGACACAAGAGUCUCAGUCACAACUAAGUGUGUGCGGUAAGCCAACACUCAACACCAAGAUUGUUGGAGGACAGGUGGCCACUCCAGGCAGCUGGCCCUGGCAGGCCAGUCUGCGAACCUCUGGGUCCCACUUCUGCGCAGGAACCCUCAUUAACAAUCAAUGGGUGAUGACUGCUGCUCAGUGCUGCGCAAGUUCAGGCGUAAGCACGAGCACUCUGACUGUGUAUCUGGGUCUCCAGAGUCUACAGGGAAUAAACCCCAAUCAAGUGUCUCGGACAGUAUCACAGAUCAUCAUUCAUCCCAACUUUAUCUCUGGAAAUAUUAACAACGACAUCUGCCUCCUGAAGCUCUCCUCUCCGGUGACUUUCACCACCUACAUUCAGCCCGUCUGUCUGGCAGCCACAGGCAGCACCUUCUACAAGGGGACUGUCUCCUGGUCCACCGGCUGGGGCAAUGUUGGAUCUGGAGUUUCCCCUCCUUUCCCACAAAACCUAAUGGAGGUGCAGCAACCGAUUGUGGGGAACAGAGAGUGUAACUGUAACUAUGGAGUGGGUACGAUCACAGACAACGUGAUCUGUGCCGGGUUAACUGCUGGAGGAAAAGGCACCUGUCACGGGGAUGGAGGAGGUCCGCUGGUGAGCAAGCAGGGCGGUCGCUGGAUCCAGGCGGGAAUUGUGACUUUUACCAGUAGUAGAGGCUGUGCCCAGCCUAAUCUCCCAUCAGGCUACACCCGGGUGUCCCAGUAUCAGUCCUGGAUCAACAGCCAGAUCACCAGCAACCAACCAGGUUUCAUCACCUUUACCUCCGCUGGGACCGACGGUGACCUCAGCGUUACCUGUUCUGGCCUGCCACUAUCAAUACCCCAAGGCAUAACCACGAGCACUCUGACUGUUAUUCUGGGUCUUCAGAGUCUACAGGGAUCAAACCCCAAUAAAGCGUCUCGGACAGUAUCACAGAUCAUCAUUCAUCCCAACUAUAACUCCACAAAUUUCGAUAACGACAUCUGCCUCCUGAAGCUCUCCUCACCGGUGGCUUUCACUUCCUACAUCCAGCCCGUCUGUCUGGCAGCCCCAGGCAGCACCUACUACAAGGGGACUCUCUCCUGGGCCACCGGCUGGGGCAAUGUUGGAACUGGAGUGUCCCUUCCAUCCCCAGGAAACUUAAUGGAGGUGCAGCUGCCGAUUGUGGGGAACAGACAGUGUAGCUGUAGCUACCUAGCAGGCUUAAUCACAAACAACAUGAUAUGCGCUGGGUUCAGUGCUGGAGGAAAGGAAAUCUGUCAGGGGGAUUCAGGAGGUGCGCUGGUGAGCAAGCAGGGCGGUCGCUGGAUCCAGGGGGGAAUCAUGAGUUUUACCAGUAUUCUGGGCUGUGCCCUGCCUAAUAUCCCAUCAGGCUACGCCCGAGUGUCCCAGUAUCAGUCCUGGAUCAACAGCCAGAUCACCAGCUUCCAGCCAGGCUACUACACCUACAGGUCCACUGGGACUGACGGUGACCUCAGCGUCACCUGUUAA